CGCGUGGGUUCACAAGAUGAGCCUCUCCCUCGUGCCAGCUCCAGCGCCUGGCCUCCUCUAUCCUGUUCCCAGAUUCUAUGUCCAUCGUCCGCAGCGAAUCCUCCACACCGGGAGGCGGGUGGAGAGUGGUGGGCGGAUGAAGACGCCAAAGAGGAAGAAAAGUUCCAAACCCAUGGAGUGGGCGGCCGAGACGCGGCUCACCCGCUGGCGGCAGCGUGCUGCAGCCAUGGUGCUGGCAGUGGUAGUGCUGCUGGGAGUGGUGGGAGGUGCGAUGUCCAAUUCGAAAGCUGGUGCUUUACAAUCACGUCUGGAGCAGCAAGGACAGAUCGAAUAUGUCUACAACAGCGAUACCCCCUUCCGCAAGGCUGAGCGCUUCGUUCGGGCUCCUGGCGCGAUACUGAACUACCGGGUCUCACAGCCCAGUGAGAUUCCUUCACCUUGGGCACGGAGAAGUUGGGUCUCAGAUACCGCAGGCGUUUUGAGCCCCAGUGCCGUGAUGCAGAUCGACCAUCUCGCCAAUGAGAUCCAGCGCAAGACCGGAGCUGAGCUGGUGGUGGUCACAGUGCCUGGAGUUCAAGGAGCAGAUCACGAUCGAAAAGAGGUGAAACGCUUCACAACGCGACUCUUCAACUCCUGGGGCAUUGGGGAUCGUUACAAGAACAAUGGUGUCUUAGUCUUGGUGUCUACAGGCGAUCGGCGUGUGGAGGUGGAGAUCGGACGUGGUUUGAAUGAGGUCUUCAACCGUGACGAGUGGCUUCAACGCAUGAUUCACUCUCAGAUGACGCCCUCUCUCCGCCGCAAUCUCUACGACCAGGGCGUCACCGCCGGGGUAUCCGCUUGCUGCGACGAGCUGCAGCGGACCGAUCGGGAGGUCUCGUCUCCCCAACGCUGGCGCACCCGCGCGGCGGUGCUGUGGUUUGCCAGUGGCCUUGCAGCAGUUGCAGGGCUCUUCCUCCGCAGUGGCUGGGUGCAGCCGCCCAGCUGCGGACUCUGCAACGGACGGAUGUCGCGCCUGCGUCCGGCGAAGCCGGAGGAGCUGCUGCCGGGGCAGCGAGCCGAGCUGGAGCUGGGCUCGGUGCAGCACGUGCUGUGCGGCUGUGGGCGCCCGGGGUGUCAAAAGCGAUGGGCGGCCGACCAAGGCGUCCGCGCCUUCAGAGGAGCUCAACGGAUGGGAGGAGCCGUGAGCCGAAAUCGAGAUCUGCGACUUUCGCCUGAAGAAGUGCAGGUGGCGACUGUGGACCGUCAGGGGCUGGGUCUCCUCUCACAACCCGAGCGGCUCUCGCGCUUCAGCCGCUGCGGCGCCUGCGGCUUCCGCACCGCCCUGUCGCAGACCACGCUGCUGGUGCCGGCGACCACGGUGACGCCGGGCUUUCGUGAGGAGACGACUGAGUGCUACUUUUGCUCGGCCACCUUUAGUGAUCGAAUCAUCCUGCCAAUCCUGACCUCCCCGUCUUUCAGUGAUCGUGAUGGUGGCGGUGGUGGGUCCUCUGAUGGUGGUGGUAGUGGCGGAGACUUCUGAAGUUCUUCCAAGGCCUGGAGCAGUUGGUGUUCGGUCGAAGCAGAGAUGGGCAUCGCGAGGAACAAAGGAUGCUUUUUGGUCCUUUGGUAUGCUCUUCGUGAUGAUGAGUGGCUCCUGGAUGUUCCAUUCUUGUCGCAGUUUUGCAAGUCCAAAGUGAGGAUGGGCUACAAGCAGAAAUCAGACUUCGGCUUGACACAAUUUAUAAGAGGCUGAUCUGAAAAGAUCCAAUGGAAGUAUGGCACACGUUGCCGGCCAUGUUGUCAAGAGCGGCU